UGAAACCCGGAUCCUAUUUUGAGGCGGACAAUAACAUCGGCUAACUGGCUGGUGGCUAAUCGCCAGUGAAUAUCAGUCAGAACUGUGUGAAAAUAGAACGUUUUAUCGGGCCCUAGAAAUAGGAAAGGGUCCAAAAGGUGAAUAAAUGUCUGAUACAUCAGGACCUCACAUUAAAAAGGAAGAAGAAGACACUACAUCUGAACCAGAGGAGCAAUCCGAGGACAGCAGCGAGGAGGAAGCAGUUGGAAACUCAGAGAUGGACUUCCUGCGGAAUUUGUUUUCUCGCUCUUUGGGCCUCGGCUCAACAGAAAAGGUUUUGGAUGAUUUGACUUUGGAAGGAGUGGCGCAAUACAUUCUAAGUGGCAAAUGUAAAAACAUAAUCUGCUUGGCUGGUGCAGGAAUAUCUACUUCGGCUGGGAUUCCCGAUUUUCGCUCACCCGGUACUGGCCUGUAUGCAAACCUGCAGAAAUAUAACCUUCCAUACCCAGAGGCCAUCUUCCAGUUAGAUUACUUUAAGAAACAUCCAGAGCCCUUCUUUGCCUUGGCCAAGGAGCUUUUCCCUGGAGAAUUCAGGCCGACCAUCUGUCACUACUUCAUGAAGCUGCUGAAAGACAAGGGUCUUCUCAAACGCUGCUACACGCAGAAUAUCGACACACUGGAGCGCGUGGCUGGGCUUAAUGGCGGCGAUCUGAUUGAAGCUCACGGAACGUUCCACAAGUCCCACUGCGUCAAAUUCACCUGCCGCAAAGAGUACGAUCUGGACUGGAUGAAAGAACAAAUCUUUUCGGAUGACAUUCCUAAAUGUGAGAAAUGCAACAGUCUGGUCAAACCAGAUAUCAUCUUCUUUGGAGAGAGCUUGCCUGUGCGGUUCUUUACCUCGAUGAAGAUGGACUUCCCCCGAUGUGAUCUUCUCAUCAUUAUGGGCACGUCUCUGCAGGUGCAACCUUUUGCAAGUCUGGUCAACAGGGUUUCCAAAACCUGCCCCAGGUUGCUCAUCAACAUGGAAAAAGCCGGCCAGUCUGACCCUAUGCUAGGUAUGCUGGGUUUUGGAGGAGGGAUGGACUUUGACUCAGACAAUGCUUACAGAGAUGUCGCUCAUAUCAGUACAUGCGAUGACGGCUGUAUGGCACUAGCUGAGCUGCUGGGGUGGAAGGCUGAGCUGGAAGAAUUAGUCAAGCGAGAGCAUGCCAGAAUCGACGCUCAGGACGUGGAAGGAAAGUCGGGCCAGAGCCAAGGAGCAAGCUCUUCUUCAGUGGCACCAGAGUCCAAAUAAGAAGUGUAAUCUUUAAGAAUGAUAGAUGAUGGUUGAAGUUGUCCUUGGAAAGGAGAUUAUUAUGGCUAUAUUUAUUGUUCACAAAUGAAGCUCUUUGUAAACUAACAUGCUAUGCUCUAAACUGCAUUUCUUUUGCACUUUCAAUGAAAAAUCUUAUGUCUGUUCAGUUUUUUUUUUGGGAUACCGUGUACCACACAGCUUUUUAUUUUCCUGUGAGGUGUGCAAAUAGAUUUUAGUGAGUUGACAGUGAUGGGUAAUCAAGAUCAAAUCAUCUAUUGAUCUAAUUGAGUGCAGACUUACUGAUGCUUUAUCAUGGGCAUUCCACUGGAUCGGUUCCAUUUGUGUCACUCGAAAUAAAAUGCAUACAAUUUCCCGAUAAAAUUAAUAUAUUUUUUUUACUAAGCAAAGUGUCCUGCGGAUUGAACCGAUUGCAUAUUUACCUAAUACAAUUUAAAAUAUUAAUUUAAACUACUUUGACUUCACCAUGAAAUAUAAUUCCUGUAAUUUAUAUAUAAUACAUGCAUAAAAUUUUGUAUCGAUCACUAUUAUUAUUGAAAUAAUUUGUAAUAUUAUUACUAUUAAUAAUAUCAUGCAUUCUUUAGUUUACUUUUUUAUUUUAUUUUCAUUCUCUUUGACUGAUCCCAAUGGGAACAAAAAAAACAUUACAUUUAUUUAUGAGUCCAUGCUCAAGGAAAAUAAUUCAGUCAACAAAUAAAUGGUAUUUUUUAUUUGCGUUACUUCCGAUGUCCAACAAUAUGUUUUAUUUAAAAACAGCAAUUUGGUUAUAUUUCACAUUUAAGUCGUCACUGUUACCUUAACUAAAUUUGGAAUAUUCAACAAGUAACAUGAUCCACAGGAAGUUGCAUAAUUCAGCUACUAUUCAAGCCGUGUGACCGCCAAAAGUAGGUCCACUCAUUUAUGUUUCUGUGUUUCCGAAGAUAAUGUUUACGACAGGGCGGGGGUUAAAAUUUUAAUCAUUGAAUAAUUUGUGUAUUUGCUAAUUUUAUGCUAAAAACUCACUCCUGUUAUAUUCCGUCGUGGUACUCAAAUGGGGCAUUUUAGACUUGUUUUGGCUAAUAGACAUUUUGUGUAGUUCAUUAGAUUGAAUGUUGGAAAAAAGACAGACAAUAAGUUUAUUUGAGAAGGUUUACAACAACUAAGUAAUAUGGUGGAAUCAUAUAACCAGUCUGCUUGGUUUGAUCUAACAUUGUUUCUCUUGUUACAGUCAAAAAUGAUUAUGUCAUGGACUAACAAUGGACAAUUUUGUACUGUAAGUAAAAUGAGGUGGGUCCUCAGUAAUAACAGUGCAAUCGUUUGGGUGUGGGGGCGGGAGAUGUGGCAGUUUUAAAAUAUUUAAUUUGCUUGGACAGGAAUUGCAAUAUUCAACAACACAUGAGUGUUGAAUACAAAUAUUGACAAUAAAAAUGACAAUGCGAUGCAACAUCUGUUUAAUGAGUGAACUCAAUAUUACCAUAUGUGCAAAACAAUGAAUAAAUAAAGUCUGGCAAUAAAUUUGACUUUUUCAACUAA